AUGAAAGGGUACGGACCCCAGCAGCGCGCGCGUCACCUGUCCGACUCCUGCGACCCGUCCUCGGGCCUGUCGCCCGCCGAGCAGCUCUACCAGCAUCAGGCGGGCACCGCCACGCUCCCCCGCAGCCCUUACCUGCUCAGCCCCGGCACCAUGGAGCACUACGGCACGCUGGACCCGCACCAGUUCUCCCCGUCGCCCAUCCCCGUGGGCGGGGGGCUGCCGCCCGACUGCAUGCUGCCCCUCAACAACCAGCUGUCCAGCAGCAGCACCUUCCCGCGCAUCCACUACAACUCGCACUUCGAGCAGGGCGACUUCUCGCCCACCUCCAUGCCCGGCGGGGACAGCAUCGGGGGCAUCAGCACGGGCACCAUGGGCACCUCCGUCUCCAUGGGGAUGGGCAUGGGCAUGGGGCUGGGCGUGGGGCGCACGGCCAUGAUAACCAGCGGCUCGGCUACCAUCUCGGGUAAGAGCUCUGCUAAUCGGCUGCCCCCCAACCUCCUGGACCAGUUUGAGAAAGGCCAGCGGGACGGCUUCAGCACGCUACAGUUCCACCGGACGUCGGCGGUGGCGGCGGCCGCCAAGCAGCAGCGCACCGACAGCCCGGGGCGCAUCCGCUACCUGGUCCACUCCGUGCAGAAGCUCUUCGCCAAGUCCCAGUCGCUGGAGAGCUCGGGAAUGAAGGGCAGCGUGAACGGCCGCUCCGCCAACAGCUCGGGCGGCGGGGGCUCGUCGUCGGGGGAGGACGCCAAGCACCGGCGCAGCAAGAGCAAAGACCGCGGCACCAAGAGCGAGGGCGGCGCCAAGCGGCGGCCGCGCUCCAACAUGUCGGGCUACUGGAGCUCGGACGACCUGGACGAGGUCAGCAACUACCGCAACCCCAUGGCCAUGAUGACCCUGGGCAGGCAGGGAGCGGGCUUGGUCCCCGGGCAGGACUCCCAGGGCAACGCCAAGUACUUCAUGCACGGCUACAACACCAUCAGCGAGCACUCGCUCAAGCCCUCCAAGAGCAACAACGACCUCAAGUACCAGGGGCUGCCCGCUCUCCCGGGCCCCGGAGGAGGGGGAGGAGGAGGAGGGGACGGGAGCUUGGGCAGUCGAGGAGGGGGAGGGGGGUUGGUGGCCGGAGGGGACUUUGGCAGGGGUGGCCCCUGGGCAACGCUGACCCUGGGUCAGACCAGGCAGAUGUGCCAGAAGGGCUCGGCCACGCUGGACCGCUCCAUGCUCAAGUCCAAGUCAUGCCACCAGGACCUGGCAUGCCAAUACCUACAGGCGCCGUCCGGCGGGGACUGGAACAGCACGCUGGGCCGCAGCAGCGGUCCGGGCGAGAUCCCGUGCCGGCGCAUGCGCAGCGGCAGCUACGUGAAGGCCAUGGGCGACCUGGAGGACAGCGAGGACUCGGAGGGGAGCCCCAAACCCUCGCCCAAAACCACCGCACGCCGCCAGAGCUACCUAAGGGCUACGCAGCAGUCACUCAGUGACCAGCUCCCACCGCGAAAUUGUCUUCCCUCUCUCAGAGAGAUCUCUGGGAAUCGUAGUCUGGAUAACCUGGACUGUAUUGGGGGGUCAACUCCUUUCCCCCGCUGGGACGACGACGACUUCAGUCAAGGCUGCAAUACGCUGGGCCGCAGCAGCUGCAUGAGCCAGGUCAGCACAUGUCCAGUCAGAUGCCCCAAGGAUGCUCAAUUCAGUGUGCGGGACAUGGAGCUGAGCCACCGCUAUGGUGAGGAGUCGUGUUCAGAGUCGGUGUUUGGCGAGACCCACCCCCACUCCCACUCCCACUCACACCCCCACGCUCGCUCCCACUCCCGGGCAGAGGAGCCUCCUGAUCUACCCAUGCCCACGUGCUUCCGCUCCCGUAGCCAUAGUUACCUCCGGGCUAUCCAGGCUGGCUGUUCCCAGGAUGACGACACGGCCUCAGUAGACUCCGAUUCACCUCCGCCGACUGCCACCACUGUACGGACCUACAGUUCCAGCACUGUCUCUACCUGCAUAACCACCUGUAAGAAGGUGGCCCCUCCGCCCGUGCCGCCGCGCACCACCUCCAAGCCCUUCAUCUCCGUGACGGUGCAGAGCAGCACCGAGUCUGCGCAGGACGGCUACCUGGACGGCCACCUGGAGCGCAAGAGCGAGGCCAACAGCCAGUCGGGCCACAGCAACUCCUCGGACAGCUUGGACAGCACGCGGGCCAGCAGCCUCGCCAAAGGGCCGCGGCCCCAGCAGCUCCCCGUGACCGCCCCGCGCGACCCGCCGGCCGGCCUCCCCACCGCCACCGUCAUCUCCCCGCCGGAGGCGCGCACCUCCGUCGCCACCGCCGUCUCCACCUCCACCUCCACCUCCACCUCCACCUCCACCUCCACCGCCGUCCCCCAGGCCCACAAUGAGCGGGUCAAGGGCGGCCUGACCGCAGACGAGCCCCACGUUGAGCCCGUGCCCCGCAGAAAACUCUCCUCCAUCGGCAUACAGGUGGAUUGCAUCCAGGAAGUGCAAAGAGUCGAGACCCCGCCACUGGCCAGAUUUCAGUCGAUCGGAGUGCAGGUUGAGGACGGCUGGCAACUCAGCCGCUCGAGCAGCAUGGCGUCCAAACAAGAGACGGACACGGAAUCCCAGGACUCAGCUCCGACCCCCGCUCCGGCGCCCAGGCCCGGCGAGAAGAAGACCAUGGUCAACAGCAGCAGCCAGGUGGCCAACUCGCCGCCACCGCCCCCCGUCGGCCAGCAGCAGCAGCAGCCGCAGCUCUCCCUCGACAACGGUGACCACGACGACGAGGCGGUCACCACCAGCGGCCCGGCGCGACAGCUGCUGACCAGCCGCUCGGCCACGCGCAGCUCCUCGUCGUCGUUCUCCGAGAGCCUCGACCCGGCGCUGGACCCGUCCUCGCUGCCCCCGCCCGAGCCCUGGCUGGAGAGCGGCGGCAGCGGCAACGGCACGGUGGGGCCCGACCAGGGCUCCGGAGGACCCCCCGCGUGCCGGCGCGACGGCCACUGGUUCCUCAAGCUCCUGCAGGCCGAGACGGGCCGCAUGGAGGGCUGGUGCCAGCAGAUGGACCAGGAGACCAAGGAGCACCAGCUCUCUGAGGAGGUGUUGGGGAAAGUGCGCAGUGCUGUGGGGAGUGCCCAGCUUCUGAUGUCAAAGAAGUUCCAGCAGUUCCGAGGACUAUGCGAACAAAACUUGAAUGUGAAUGCUAACCCCAGGCCCACGGCUCAGGAUCUAGCAGGCUUCUGGGACCUGCUGCAGCUCUCCAUAGAGGACAUCAGCCUCAAGUUUGACGAGCUCUACCACCUGAAGGCCAACGACUGGAAAGUGGACAGAGACUCACCUGAAAAACAGGAGAACCAGAAGCCGGUCCCUGCAGUGCCAAAGAAGCCCGGGAAGAGCAAGCCGGCGCUGGGCCGCGAGAAGAGCAGCGACUCGGCCGCCGACAAGCAGCGGCAGGAGGCCCGCAAGCGCCUCAUGGCUGCCAAGAGGGCGGCGUCGGUCAAGCAGAACUCCGCCACGGAGAGCGCAGACAGCAUCGAGAUCUACGUCCCCGAGGCCCAGACGCGACUCUGAGAGAGGGGGAGACAGACAGAAAUCAGGGGGGUUGUGAGGGGUGGGGUAUAGUAUUAAGAUUAGUUACACAUUAGGGCAGGAAGGCAAAAACAAAAAUGGCGAACGGUAGAUGGAGCAUUGAAGUGAAGGUUAAGGCUUAGACAUGGGUGAGAUGAAAUGAGAGCGAGCAUAUGAUUGGAGGAGGGACCAGGAACAAGACUGAAAGAGCUCUUUGGCCUCCAGUCCACCGUCACAGGGAAAAUACCAUUCUUUUAUUUUGUAUUGUCAAGACAGUACUUGCUUGAAAGGAAAAAUAAAUAAAACGACAAAAACAAAACAGCCCAGAGGGAUGGGAGGUUUUAAAAAAUAAAUAAAGAAAUCAAGACUGACGCAACAGGACUUUGGAGAACGGGAUGCACCGGCAGUGGCCACCUCCAAAGCGGCUACCAAGGAAAACCUCACGCAGACUUCACCAUUAGUACUCCAAUUACUAUUGUUAUUAUUAUUAUUGUUAUUAUUGUUAAUAUAAUUAUUAUUAAAAUGGUUAUUGAUAAUAUUAUCUCCUUUAAAAAAAACUAUAUCAGACUGAUUUAAAUGUUCUAAUAUCUUGGAUAAGAGAUCUUCUAAUGUGUGGACUGGGACUCAGCCACGUGUUGUUUUGGCUCCCACCCCACUGGCCCCCUUUACCCCCAGCUCGCUAGUCUGCACAGAACUCCUUGUAAAGCACUGCAAAAUACUCACUCUCGGACACCAACACUCACUCCACACACACACACACACACUCACACUCCGACCUGCAUAACACGUGCUCGCUCAGUGAAAUACACUCUUUUUCAUGUCUGGCCCUCCACAAUCACUGUCUUCCUGUUCUUGUCUGUUUUCUCCCCUUCUGCUUCUUCUUUCUUUUAUUCUUUGAAUGCAAUGUUUUUUACGUGUAUGCCCUGUGUGGCGUUCAGUCUGGGCUCAGAUAGACCACCACCUCUCAUGUGGGAUGGAGAUGGGGGAGAAGGCGUCGUGCGGAAUGCAAAAAGAGUGAUGAGAGAGCUGGGCCCAGACUCUGGAGGUCCUGGGACAUUCUAUCAUGCAAGCAAAACAAGAAGAAUCACACACAAAACAGAAUUCAUUCAUCACCCUAUUUCUUUUUACCAGCACCCAGAAUUUCUUUUCUGCCUCUCCUCAAGGUGGUCUCAUUUCGUCUACGGAGUUUGUGUUUUGGGGCGGAAUAAGUGUAUGGUGCUUCUGUUUUGCAGUAUGCCUCCAUGCCAUGUAAAGGUGUCCCCAGCAAAUGGCCACCAUUUUGUUUUUACUGUUUUGGUUUGUCCCUUUUGGGGGAGUUUGAAGUGACAGCCAUUUUGUUGUAUUGCCAGGUGUGACCCCCCCAUCCACGCCCCGCCUUAGCAAGUCAUCUCUUGUUGUCAGUUCACUGCAGAUGAUAUGGGCCUCUGUCAAUCUGAAGAUGCAUCUCCACCUCUUACCAGUUUUUUUUUUGUCACUCUCAGUGUUCAACUCCAAAGCUGGUACAUUACGUGCAGAGGAGAACAUUUAAAUGUUCAUGAAAUGUGUGAAUGCAGCAGAAUGAAAGUAUAUUAUUUAGCUAGUGGAAUGAUUUAGUUUUUUGAAGCUGAUAAAAGUUUAGUUUUGAUAGAAGGUCUAAUCUGCUAAAGUAGCCCCAACAGGACUGGGAAACUUUUAAUUUCAAAUGGUCGUGUCCAUUUUGUCAAGUUUUUUUUGUUGUAUUCUCAUAAACAAAUGUCAAGGCAACGCUUUUGGAAUGUUUUCUUGCAUCAGCCAUGAUCCUAUCAUGCGGAUGAUCCAUGAACUGUACCUUCAUGUUUUUUAGAAACAUUGGUCAUUGCCUGCCUCUAGUGGUAAACUUGUAGCACUACACAGAUGGUAUAUUAUUUCAAGAGGACUUCUUUUCCCCCUCUAAAGUUGUUGGCAUGUCCAAACACUUUUCAGCAGAUUUGAAAAACCACUACUGGGACGGGCUGAUUGUUCGAGAUGUUUCGUCCCAUUAUGGGUUGUAGCAUUCAUUACGCAUGUGCUAACACUCUGUUCUUGCACUCGCUACAGCCUUUUAGCCAGUCAUGCCCUGUACAUCUGAAUGAAGUGAGGCAAAGAUAUUUUGCCCUUAUUUUAAUUUUAUUUUAUUUUUUUGUAAUUGUGUUGUCUACCCAUUUGCCAUUGUUGCUCCUUUCCCCCAUACGCCGACCAAGCAAUCUGCACAUGUUUUUAUAUUUGAAACAAAAAGAUCAAUCAUUAAAUUCAGUUACACUACA